UAAUGUGCACAGGAUUAAUGUAGCUAAUAUGAAAAAAAAUCUAAUGUCUUUGUUUCUCUUUGUAACAAUCCAAACAUACGUCCUAGCAAAUCGGUGUGAAGUAGCUGAAAUAUGUGUGACGGAUCUUUCACAAGCUGACUGUGGAGCCGGGUUUGUUGUUGUUCCCAAUGCGACUAUAUUUGGAUGUUGCCCUGCUUGCAGACUUGAUGACGGUACGGGCGGAGGUGAAGAUGGAAAUGAAAAUGAUCCAGGUCCUACGGAAGGGUGUCGACCCCCAGCCAAUUGUUUGCCGGACGGACGAUACGCACCCGUGCAAUGUAAAGGCGAUGUAUUCACAGGGAGAUGUUUCUGCUCUGAUGAAAAUGGGAACAGAAUAUUUGGACAAAUGUGGAGAAGUGAAGCAAAUGAGAUGAGUUGCGCAUGUAGCCGUAAAAGACACGAAUUGGAAACGAAACACGGCAAACUAAGUACUUUACACUGCACAUCUAAUGGGGACUAUGAGAAACUGCAGUGUGACGAAGGUAUGUGCUGGUGCGUCGAAACGAAGACGGGACAACCCAUAACGCCGCCGGUGCAAGAAGUCGACAUGAGGCGGCUUCCCUGUUUUAGUGCAGCAUCACUAGGUGAGCAGUACCUGCGAAGAUGUGAAAGUAUUGUGUACGCUUUAGCCACGAUUCACAGAGAACAGUCGGCACACGGAACCAAUUUCUUAGGCAAUCCAAUAACAUUCUGCGAUUUUGACGGAAGCUAUGGAUCAUACCAAAUUCAGAAUGGAAUCGCCUACUGCACGGGUCGAGACGGUAAAAUCUUGGGCUCUUGGCAAGUCGUAGUCAGUACAAUGCAGGGAAUGAAUUGCAAUUGUGCUCGUGAUACUAUGUUGUACUUCCCGGAAAGGGGUAUGACAGUUUCAGAAGUAUGCCAGCCGAACGGUAACUAUCGGCCCAAUCAGAUUGCAGGCAAUGUUACAUACUGCGUCGACUCCGAUGGUUACCAACUCGAGAGCAAAGAAGAUUGGCCUCCGGAAUGCCUUGUUGGUAGUUAAAGCUAGAUAGAAUCUUGUUAGUUAUAGAAAAUUAUAAUGAAAAGUAGAGAUUCCGCGGCCAACCGCUAUUAUUCGAUAUUUUGUCACAAUUCGUCGGAUUCCGAAAAGUAAAGAGAUUGCUCUUACCUAAAAAAUCUUACACAACCAAUACAAAAAAAAAAGCUUAUGUAAAUGUUAAAGAAAAGCUAACGAUUUAGAAGCAAUAUAAACGCUUUUAUUCGAUUGGAAGGCGUUACUUUGCGAAAUUCUUUUAUUUAUAUUAAGCUUAAUCUGAUAUAAUCCGCAAAUCUACACGUUGCAAUUACUUUAAUCUUUAUGCACAACACCACACAUAACGUAAACGGCAGUUUACUCUUUAGCUACUACAAAAAUCCGUCUUUCAUAACGUCAUUUAUUAUAGUUAUUUAACUAUUAUUUUAUUGAAGAAACAUUAA